ACAACAUAUAUCCAAAGUUACUGCUGCUUUUACCUCAACCAGCUAAUCUGCCUCUAUAAAACAAGCCAAACGAUAUAAGUUAGUCAGGGUCUCCAACGAAGUCUACGUCACGUGAGCUGCAUGUAUCGAGUAGACUACGUUACAGCACUAUUGUAGUCAAUGAACGUUUGCGUCAGCGGCACUAAAGAUCUCUGCGGCCGAUUGGCUGCAGAACACGGAGCUGUUCUUAUACAAGACGCUAUCCAAACACGUGGUGAGUGCAACGUCAUUCUAGCCACCGGAGCCUCUCAGUUUGAGAUGUUAAGUCACUUGGUGAGCCUGAAAUCACUGGAUUGGUCAAAGGUAACGUGCUUCCACCUCGACGAAUACAUUGGAUUGACUGAUGAUCAUCCUGCUUCUUUUGUCAAAUAUUUGAAAGAACGAUUUGUAAACAAGAUCGACAUUCCUGUUAAACAUUUUCACUACGUUCAAGGCACACCGGCUGAUGGAGCCACCGAAUGCUCUCGUCUCAACAAAAUCCUAAACAAAACAGAAAUUGAUGUGGCAUUCAUUGGAAUCGGAGAGAAUAGCCAUAUUGCAUUCAAUGAUCCUCCAGCUGAUUUCGAGACUGUCGAGCCUUACAUUGUAGUGAAUCUGGACGAAGCAUGCAGGAAACAGCAGCUUGGUGAGGGAUGGUUCAAGAGUCUGGACGAAGUCCCACAACAGGCAAUUUCAAUGAGUGUCCAGCAAAUUAUGAAAUCAAAAGCACUUGUAGUCACAGUUCCAGACAAACGUAAAGCAGCAGCAGUGCAGACGAGUAUUGAAGGUCCAUUGCAGCCAUCAGUACCCGCUAGCAUUCUCCAACGUCAUAACAACUGUGUUAUAUUCUUAGACAAAGAGUCUGCAUCGUUGUUGUCAAAAUAGACAGCAGCCCGCGUCAUUAAAAUUGUCAUUUAAUUCUUGUUAGAUUCAUGGUAAACUAACCCUAAAGCUGGACUGCGUGGUUGAAUCUGUACUGAAUGUAUUGGUGCAUAUGGUCCAUGGAUACACAGUACAUCUACUAGUCUUAGAUAAAGUUUGUACACUGCAGUACACACAUCACUGUGCUGCAUUGAAGGAUGUCAUUGUGUUACAUCAUACUUUUUGCUGCUGAUUGAUUUAACAAACCAGCAGA